AUGAGGCAAGACAAACAAUCUGUGCCAACCUUCUUCAACAAACUCAAAGGUUUCUGGGAUGAAAUUGACUCCAUUGCACCAUGGUUGAAGUGUUCAUGUGGAGGCUGCACGUGUAACAUACAGGAGCAACUGGUCGAGAUGAAGGAAAGGGAACACCUUUAUGACUUUCUCAUGGCGUUGGAGGAUGGCUAUACAACCAUAAAGACCCAAAUCCUCAACAUGAAGCCCUUGCCAAGACUUGGAGUUUCCUGCCAUUUAGUAGCUAAAGAUGAACAGCAAAAAAGACAGAUUUCGGCCAUGCAUAAACCCAUGAUGGAGGCCGCUGCAUUUCAUGUUCAGAGUGAUUGUACUGAUCGCAAGAAAGAUAGACCAUGA